CUUUGCGAUCCUGUCGUUAUUCUUCUUCCUGCUUGUAUUGCCGUUUGCGCGCCUUGCAACCGAGGAGACAGAUCUACAUCCACGGGUCGGCACCGGUGGCAUAUCCGCGCGCGAGCAGCUCAAACGUCGAGGAUCGUUCUAGUGGGGUAGCAGCAUGGUGAUAUGGGCACACACAAUGGGCUGAUGCGCAUAUUCUGGCCAUCAGACGCACCAAAUGGACCUCUCUCGGGCGUUCUGGUUGGGUUCAGGAACUCGGAACUAGACGUCUUUGUAGUGUCUAUUCUCCAAGAAGUCGAGCCUCGUCAGGUCGACAAUGCGCUGGCGGUAGGCACUCUAUUGCGAUACAGCCCCCACGACAUUAAAGAGCUAUUCACACGAUGUGGGCACUCUUCUCUCCGGGUUCUGGGCGAGGUCAACCCCAAGUCACCACCUGAUGACUUCAACGAGAACUUCCUCACUGCCUAUACCGAUCCGUCGAGCCGCCUGCCACGAUGGUGCUGCCUAGCCGAUGUCCUCUCGACUAUCCAGGUCGUUGUCUACGAUCGACCAGAUCCAAUGCGUAUGCAGUAUCUCUCGUUGAUGCCAAUCGCACUCGCUCUGGGUGAUAAGAGGAUCAAUGAGAGAUGGGACACAGCUUUUGAGAAGCAUGAAGCAGAGGAAGAACGACGGAAAAGGAAGAAGGCAAUGCUUGUUGAAAAGCUGAAGCUGCACAAAGUAGUGGCACACCCACCUACACAGAAGGAGUCCGCGCUACCUAUUCUCAUUGAGCAGGUCAAUUGCUCUUUCGAGCUAGAUUCGCUGCUGCAACAGAACAUUGGCAUGAUUGGCAGGCGCAUGAAACGAGCUUUGAGUGUCAGCGAGCGAGUUGUGGAGUCAGCGAACAAUCUGUGGGAUUAUAUCUACGCAAGCUUGUGGUACUUCCUGACCGUCUGGGUUUGGCCUAUAGCCGCACAGCUCUUCGUAUUUGGGUUGAUGGCUCACCGCAUAGCGGCCGAGUACAUUCUACGCUUCCUGGAUUGGCGACUGUCGCCUGAUGCACCUGCAUUGAAGGACAUCUCUGCAACAGCCCAGCAAAUUGACAUACGGCUGCAGCAGUUCUGCUAUUGGCCUAUUCAAUACCUCACGUUGCGCAAGAGGAAGGCUAGCUGGGGCAGCAUUACGAACAGUCACCCAGAAUACAUACGUUUCUACAACAGCCUCUGGCUUGUCGCCAACGAUGUCAUCAUGGGCAUUGCUCUGGGGUCUUACAUCAUCGAGAACUCUUCUUUCGUCGCUGCGCAGAUCGACACUAUCUUUAGUGCUUGGUCCAUCGAAGGUCUACGGCGUAUGAUCUCCUGGCUUACAGGAUGGCCGCCACCAGGAGGCCUGAAGCUCAACACUGAGCUUGCGGCAUUUCUGGGUGACCUUUUCCUCUGGGUCAUCGAGUACUGGGCUGGGAUCAUGUCCAUAUUACGACCUCAUCUGCCAGCCCUCGUCCAGGUCAUCGGAUUCUCGGCGUUCGCUGGUGCCACGAUGCCCAUCUCUCUCUUCUCGGACAUUGUGUCUUUGUUGACGCUGCACAUCUAUUCCUUCUACAUUGCCUCCGCUCGCAUCUUCCAUUGGCAGCUGACCAUCAUCAUUUCGCUCUUCCACCUCUUCCGUGGCAAGAAGCGCAACAUACUUCGAAAUCGAAUCGACUCUUGCGACUACGAUCUCGAUCAGCUACUGCUGGGUACGAUCUUGUUUACAUUGCAAUUUUUCUUGCUACCAACGGUAUUCGUCUUCUACUUGACGUUCGCAAGUGCAAGAGUGGCCGUGAUCGCGUUGAAGGCUGGACUUGAGAUUGGACUAGCGUGUCUGAACCAUUUUCCUCUCUUUGCGGUCAUGCUUAGACUGAAAGACUCGCGGCGGUUGCCAGGUGGUAUAUGCUUCGAAUUGCACGACCCAAAAGAUAGCAAGUCACAUGCUCAAGAUGGUCUGGACUCGGCACCAACCGCUUACAUUCAUCUCAAGUCUGUACCUCUACCCCUCGGCGCCAUGUUCCAGUCUUACUUCGAGCUUGGUAAUCGUAUACGGAAACACUACUUCUCGCCAAGCGUCUUCCUCAGCCUCGCAUCAGGCCAGUUCGUGCCUCCCAUCCACCGGCGGAAUCUGUACAGUCUGCAGUACAGCAUGCUUCCUGCGAAUCGAGCCAGCAUUGGCGAGCUUUGGAGGCAGCUCACGGAGCGAAGUGAGAAACCAUCGCAAAAGCCUAAUGGGCAUGCUCGAAUGCCUUCGUUCGAAGGGGUGAUCAACGGUCGACGUAGGAGGGCUGCUAAAUGAUACCAAAAUCUAACACGAUUCAUACGCAACUUCUCACCUCUGCGCAACCUACACACCUCAUGCAAAGUACACUGAAGGCUGACUUACCUUGGGUGCGUUCUUCAAUCGCCUAC